AUGCUGCGUUUGCUGGGCCUCACUGGCGAGGAGCUGGUCUCUCUGGGCCCGGAGGAUUUAGACCGCUUGGGCAACACCGUGAAGUCGGUGAAGCAGCAUCUGCACGCCCUGACGGGAUAUCCUCGAUUCAGACUCCAGCUGACAUGCGAUGGCCGCAUCUUCCGGAACGACGAGGCCGAGCUGACCUGCGUGAAACUGGGCUUUGCCUCGGAAAAGAGCGGCAAGGUGUUGCUGCUGGCUGCACGGACAGGAAAUGCCUCUGCAGUGGAAACGCUCCUGCACAGGCCCAUAGACCCGAAUGCAGUCACAGAUGAGCUGCGCCAUACUCCUCUACAUCUUGCCUGCAAGGGAGGCCACCUCGAAGUGGUGAGCCUGCUACUGGAGGCAGCGGGGGACACGGAGAAGUGCGAAUGCAAGGGGAACACGGCGUUACACGAGGCUUGUGUCCUCAGGGACGUGGAGGUGGCACGACUGUUGCUUCAGGCACGAGCUGCGGUCAACAAGCGCGGCCUCUUCGGAAACACGCCUUUGCACUUGGCCUGCCAAGCAAAGCAUCCUGACAUGGCGAGUUUGCUGCUCGAGUUCCGGGCCGACAAGGACGUCGUGAACUGCCACAACGACACGCCACUGCAUGAGGCCUGUGCGGCUGGGCACACGGAGGUGGCGCGAGCCUUGAUUGAGGCGCGCGCCGCCAUUGACGUCGCUGGGAGGUUUGGUUUUACACCGCUACUGGCGGCCUGUAAGCACGGCCGUCGUGAAGCAGCUCGGCUCCUCCUGGAUGCUGGCGCAGAUAAGGACCGUCUGACGGCGGAAAACACGCCGUUGAUCCACGCCUGUUCCGCUGGGCUGGUCGAGGAGGCACGGCUGCUCAUCAAAGCCAGAGCGGAGGUCAACAAGGCCGGCCGCUUUGGCUACACACCUUUGUUUUUGGCUUGGAAGAGCCGCCACCCUGCGCUGGCGCAGCUUCUCAUCGACGCCGGCGCAGACCUGGAUCUGGCGCUGAUGCAGAUGCACGUCGGCUACGCCCGUGCACCGGGCCGUGAGCAGCGCAAGACCGGGUCUCCGCAAGGAGGGUGA